AACCGAAGGGAGGCGGCCCGUCAGGUUCCUGUCUCACCUGCGCUGCAGCAGCUGCUCCUGCUCCUCCCCGCGGCGGCGGCCUAGCACUUCGGUGGGGCGGCAAGAGAUGGAGAUCGCGCGAGCCGCGGCCGGCGUGGCCUGCUCCAAGGAGCACCAGAGGAUCUACGCGGAGUGGUUUGCCCUCGCCGAUCCAGAUGGAGAUGGCCGCGUCACGGGCGCCGACGCCACCAGCUUCUUCGGCAUGUCCGGGCUCUCGCGCGCCGAUCUCAAGCAGGUGUGGGCGAUUGCGGAUUCCAAGCGGCAGGGGUACCUGGGAUUCGCCGAGUUCGUCACAGCAAUGCAGCUCGUGUCUCUGGCCCAAGCGGGGAACGAGAUCACACAGGACAGUCUCAAACGUGAAGACCUCAGCACCUUGGACCCGCCUGUGAUGGAAGGUGUCGAUGAGCUAGUUGCUAGAUCCAAGGCUGUUGUGAACAAAGUUCAUCCAGAUGACAAUGGUAUCUCUCAGGUCCAAGCACCUUCCAUGUAUCACUGGUUUGGCUCAAAAUCAGCACAGAAGAAUCAGAUACCUCUGACUGCUGUUACCUCUGUAAUUGAUGGCUUGAAAAGACUGUAUGUCGAAAAACUGAAGCCUUUGGAGGUCGCAUACAGAUUCAACGAUUUUGCUUCCCCAUUAUUGACAAGCAGUGAUUUUGAUGCAAAGCCAAUGGUUAUGCUCUUGGGUCAGUAUUCUACAGGGAAAACAACAUUCAUUAAGCAUCUGCUGAAGACAAGCUACCCAGGAGCUCAUGUCGGACCAGAGCCAACUACUGAUAGAUUCGUAGUUGUCAUGUCAGGAUCCGACGGAAGGACCAUUCCUGGCAAUACUAUUGCUGUUCAAGCCGACAUGCCAUUCACUGGUCUUACAACAUUUGGGGGAGCAUUUUUGUCAAAGUUUGAAUGUUCUCAGAUGCCACAUCCGCUACUAGAGCAUAUCACCUUUGUAGACACUCCUGGAGUUCUUUCUGGUGAAAAGCAACGGACCCAACGCAGCUAUGAUUUCACUGGUGUCACUUCGUGGUUUGCUGCCAAGUGUGACCUUAUCCUUCUUCUGUUUGACCCUCACAAGCUUGAUAUAAGUGAUGAAUUCAAACGCGUCAUUUCCUCGUUACGUGGCCAUGAUGACAAAAUACGCGUAGUGUUGAACAAGGCAGACCAAGUUGAUACUCAGCAGCUUAUGAGAGUGUAUGGUGCAUUGAUGUGGUCUCUUGGAAAAGUGCUAAAUACUCCCGAGGUUGUGCGUGUGUAUAUUGGGUCAUUCAAUGAUAAACCAGUGAAUGACUCAGCUGUAGGCCCAAUUGGAAAAGAUUUGUUUGAGAGGGAACAAGAUGACCUCCUCUGUGACCUGAAAGAUAUUCCGAAGAAGGCCUGUGACCGCCGAGUCAACGAGUUUGUCAAGCGCGCUCGGGCUGCCAAGAUUCAUGCUUACAUAAUUGGCCAUCUGAAGAAGGAGAUGCCCGCAAUGAUGGGAAAAGCUAAGGCUCAACAGCGACUCAUAGACAACUUGGAAGAUGAGUUUGCAAAGGUGCAGAGGGAAUACCAUCUCCCCGCCGGAGACUUCCCAGACGUGGAGCACUUCAAGCAGGUGUUGGGUGGGUACAGCAUCGACAAGUUCGAGAAGCUCAAGCCCAAGAUGGUGCAGGCGGUAGACGACAUGCUCGCGUACGACAUCCCGGAGCUCCUCAAGAACUUCAGGAACCCCUACGAGUGAACCCAACUGACCUCUCGUCGUUUGUAAAAGAUUACCUUGAGCCGUCCCGUCUGGUGAUGGAGGGACUAGGGAGUAGGGAGGAGGCGAAAGGCAUGUGAGAGAUGCAGACGGUUUUACCAGCAAUCCCCGUCGUGUCAGAACAGAGGAUGUGCGAGGAAGAGGAUUCAGAGAGGCAUAGCGCGCAGGCUGUUCAGUUCAGUUUCAGCGCCUGUGCUCUACAGCUGCUGUACGCGCAGGACUUGGUAUCGUUUGCCGUCUCGCUGCGAUACAUUUUUUGCCUCCUUGUGAGAGUUGCUAGUGGCGAUGCGAUAGCAUGCUGCAACGACAACUUGGGACCA